AUGUCAGACGCGGUAUUAGCACUGUGUUGUGUCUUGGGUGGCUGCCAGGCAAAUGUUUUUUUACUCGAGCUCAUUAUACUGCAAAGUCCCAACACUUUGUAUGCUAUGACGUUUGCCCAGUAUGUAGUUGUUACAAUUCUUGCUUUUCCACUGGUGGCCAACUUCGCUGAUUCGUCACAAAGUCGCGGAUUGCUUUCUCUGCGUCUACGACCGACGCGGAUACGGACAGCACACAAAGUCAUCCUUGCCACGGCCUCUUGGCUCAUGGCUGUUAGCAGCAACCUGGUAUUUGGUUUUUACAUCUCUGUGCCCUUGCACGCAACGUUUAGAUCGUCAUCGCUUUUAUUAAAUAUGUUGGCUGGCUACUUUUUCUUGGAAAAGCGUUACACAUUCCCACAGGUGCUCUGCGCCACAGCCAUAUCGGGCGGUCUUAUCGCUCUUGCAAUAGAAAAAUCGCAAAAGGUUCGGAGCACUGAAGCUGGAAAUGCUCCGCAGACAACUGAGGAGGAGCUUUGGUGGUUUUUAGGACUUGCAGUCCUCGCCGGUACCACCGCAUUUUCCACGGGUCUUGGAAUAUUUCAGGAGUACAUGUAUGCUGUGGCACGUCGUAGAGAGGAGGAAACAAAGGCGCGGGAGGCAGAACGCAAUUUAUCGUUACCGCAACAACCACCGCCGCCACCAAUGUGGGCAGAAGCUCUUUUUUUCUCCCAUGCUAUAUCUUUGCCCUUGUUUUUGUUGCAACCGCAGCGCCUCUUUCUGGAAUUUGCCUCCAUUUCUUCUGGUAACUACAUGCACUUUGUGUUGAACGCCCUUUCGCAAUAUGUGUGUAUAACUGGUGUUUAUGUCUUAAAUGACAAAACUUCCGCCUUUACCCUAAUUCUGACACUGACUCUGCGCAAAUUGUGCACCUUUGCGCUCUCUGUUGUCUACUUUGGUCAUUAUCGCUACUUCACCGCGGUAGAGUGGGUGGCAAUGGUGACGGCGUUGGCGGCAGGUGCCAUGUACCCACUCUUGCCAAAGUCUCGCGCACCGUCUGCUGUUCCUCCGGCUCCUGCUGGAGGUAAGAGGAAGGAGUUGUAA